GCUAAUUUCUCUUGCUCUUUCACAGGUUUAGCAGUGUGACAUCUUUGGUUUUAGGAAAACCCCUGAAGUAGAGAAUUAUGAAGCCAUCUGGAGGACGACCACAGCCAUAUCUUUGCUUAUGUUGUGGCAAAGCAUUUGCAAAAAACAGUGAUCUAAAGAGGCAUACAAUGAUUCACACUGGGGAGAGACCUUUUGUCUGUGAAACUUGUGGUCUUGGUUUUAUUGAAAAUGCAAAGCUUAUUGUUCAUAUGCGACAUCAUACAGGUGAAAGGCCAUUUGAGUGUAAAGAAUGUGGCAAAAGCUUCAUCAAAAAGAGUGAUUUAAAGAACCAUAGUAAAACCCAUUCUGGGGAGAGAAAUUUCAUAUGUGGUGAAUGUGGAAAAGGUUUCCUCAAGAACAGUGAUCUGAAAAGACAUACACGCUUGCAUACAGGAUAUAAACCUUUUGUAUGUAUUGUUUGUAACUUGAGUUUUUCGGAGAGUGGGAAGUUAAGGAAACAUUUAAUGGUCCAUACUGGAGAAAAGCCAGUUGAAUGCGAGGACUGUGGUAAGAGGUUCACACAAAACUCUGAUCUUCGAAGACAUAUGAGAGUGCAUACAGGAGAGAGACCAUAUCAUUGCUUGCUUUGUAAUCAAAAUUUUAGUCAGAGUCAUACAUACAAGGAGCAUAUGAAGCAGCAUGUGGCUGUGGAGAUGACUGAACCAGAACAAGAGGAUGGGUUUGAUGAUUCAAACCAGAUUAUGCCCUCAGUGAACUUGAUACUAAGCCAGGUGAACGAUGCAUUACAAAGUCAUGGUGAUAAUGCAUUGCAGGGGCACGAAGCUGCCUUACUACAGGCAGAGGGCAAAGCUGGUACAUCUGAUUGUUCUAUGGAUAAAGAUAAUGAUGGUAGUGGAGCAAUUGUACUAAACCCUAAGUCAGAAUUAGCUGAGGAAGAAAUGCUUAGCUAUCUAGGAGAAGCUGGUCUUGGGGAUGUGACAGCUGCUGCAACCUCAGGUGUGCCAGUUUAUGUAAAACAAGAAGGGGUUUAGUGAAGACAGGUUAGAAUGUAUUAUUUACAAGAGUAAACUGUGUGAUAAAUAGACACUUUUACAUUACUUCAAUCUACAUGAGAAAACUUUUGCUACUGAUAUGCACUGUGUUCGUGUACCUGUUAUGAGCAGUAAAUCUUCAUUUGAAGUAUUUUAGGCUUAUAUGUCAACACUGAUGCUAAUAUGAAAGGUUAUAUGAA